AUGUCCAGUCUAACGAUAUAUGCUGCCAAGAUAUUGCUAAAACGAGCUAUAUCUGGUGAUUUGGAAGAAGAUACCCCAGAUCUAACUACUCCUGAUGACGCCGAAGAUUCAAAUCCAGUUGAAAAUGAAAUUUUCUCAAGUUGGGCGUUGUUCAUUUUAUUGUUUUUGUUAAUGAGUGCCUUGUGGUCAUCAUAUUUCUUACAGCAACGAAGAAUCAAGGCCGUCCAUGAAACAGUAUUGAGUAUUUUUUGUGGUAUGAUUGUGGGAUUGAUCAUUAGAAUGUCACCGGGUCAUUACAUCCAGGAUGCAGUUAAAUUCAAUCCAGGUUAUUUUUUCAAUAUUUUAUUGCCUCCCAUUAUAUUGAACAGUGGAUAUGAACUACAUCAAGCGAACUUCUUUAGAAAUUUGGGUAGUAUUUUGACAUUUGCUAUCCCAGGAACAUUUAUAUCUGCCUUGGUUGUGGGAAUAAUUCUUUACAUUUGGACAGCUUUAGGGUUGGAUAACGUUAGUUUAGAAUUCGUUGACGCCUUGGCAGUCGGAGCAACUUUAUCGGCCACUGACCCCGUUACAAUUUUGUCUAUUUUCAAUGCGUACAAGGUGGACCCCAAACUAUACACUAUUAUAUUUGGUGAAUCGUUAUUAAAUGAUGCUAUUUCUAUUGUUAUGUUUGAAACCUGUCAAAAGUUCCAUGGUCAACCAGUUAGGUUUUCCUCAUUUUUUCAAGGGGUAGGAUUGUUUUUAAUGACUUUUACAAUUUCAACAAUUAUUGGUAUUUUUAUUGGUAUUUUAGUGGCAUUGAUUUUGAAGCAUUCUCAUAUUAGAAGAUAUCCACAAAUCGAAACAUGCUUAGUGUUAUUAUUUGCUUACCAAUCAUAUUUCUUUUCCAAUGGUGCCCAUAUGUCAGGUAUUGUUUCUUUAUUGUUUUGUGGUAUCACUUUAAAACAUUAUGCCUAUUUCAAUAUGUCCAGAAGAACCCAAAUUGCCACCAAAUACAUUUUUCAAUUGUUGGCCCAAUUGUCUGAAAAUUUCAUAUUCAUUUACUUGGGGUUGUCCUUAUUUACUGAGGUUGAACUAGUGUUUAAACCAAUGUUGAUUAUUGUUGCAUUUAUUGCUAUCUGUGUAGCUAGAUGGUCAGCAGUUUUCCCAUUAUCCAGAUUUUUAAACUUUUUUUACCGAACAAGAUUCGAAAGAUAUUCUGCUGGUACUUUAUCAACAUCAGCAGGAAAUAUGAUCAACAUGCCAGAUGAGAUUUCUCAUUCAUAUCAAAUGAUGAUUUUCUGGGCUGGGUUAAGAGGUGCUGUUGGUGUAGCCUUGGCCAUGGGAUUUAGUGGGGAAGCAAAAUGGACAUUAUUGGCUACUGUAUUGGUGGUUGUUGUUUUGACAGUUAUCUUGUUUGGUGGUACCACAGCAUCGAUGUUGGAAAUUUUAGGUAUCAAAAUUGGUUGUGUUGAUGAAUCGGGUGAUUUUCUGGAUGACGAAUUUGACAUUGAAGCUCCACCUCGUUUCCCACAACAACUGCAACAAUCUAAUAUUUCUUCAGUGGCCAACAAAAAUCAAAAUAUUUACGGGAACAGGAGAUUUGCCAGAUCUUCAAAGCUUUCGAAUUACAAAGACAAUUUGUCAGCAGUUAAUUUACUAGAUCAAGAACAUGGUGGGGUGCCCAAUACUGGCAAUAGUUCUACCAGUAAUUUUGCCAAUGUUAAUGAUGACGACGAUGAUGACGAAAUAGUUGGCAGCGAUGUUGAUGAUUUCAUUAGUGGAUCUAUAUCCAACAGUACUAGCAACAUCAACAACAAUAAUGAUAGAGGUGGGGUGUUGGGAGCUAUUUUGAGUGCUGAAGAACACGCAAAAUGGUUUACUAGAUUUGAUGAAGAGGUAUUGAAACCAGUAUUAUUGGAUACUUUGCCAUCGACAGGACAAUCGAGUCAAAAUAAUAGUACAAGUAAUCUAAAUAGUAGCGGUAACGGUAAUGGCAAAAGAAACCAAAGUUAA